CGCCAAUAGCGUUUCCCCCGCCCGCUCGCAGUCCGCUCUUCUGUCGUGUCUAACUUCAAUUCAAUUCAAUUCUCUCUCUAAACAGUAAAUACCACCAGAUUAGAUCCACCUCUCUCACUAUUCACUCGAUCUGCUACUAUACACUCAUCAUCAUCUAUCAUAUAUAUCAUCCAUGGAUCCUCAAGUGACAAUCAACCCUGCUUAUUCUCCAAAACCCUACAGGUACCAGAUGUUUAAUGUCUACUGCUACAACUACCACUUCCGCACUACCGUAACCGCCACCCCUGGCGUUGUCCGGGACUGGAUCUUCAGAAUGCGCCGUAGACACGCCUAUCAACUCCGCAGCAGGAAGCUGAUCGUUGGACUAGGGGUCCAGUGGACCCCCAUCACCAACCCCGCUGCCACUCUCCAGCUUGCGGUGGGGCGUGAAUGCCUCAUCUUUCAGCUAACUCAUGCUGUCCGCGCUCCCAGUGCUCUCCACCGCCUUCUGGAGGAUCCGGACAUAACUCGGGUUGGUGUGAACAACCAGAUGGAUGUGGCAAAGGUGGAGAGCUCUGAGCUGAGGCUUACUGUGGGCGAGGUGGUGGAUCUGGUCCACGUGGCUCGCGCAUGCUGCACAGAUCUUCAUCUUCAUCAGGGCAAGGUAUCAAUGGAGGCAUUGGCUGAAAAUAUUCUGGAGAUGGCCGGAAUAAAAAAGCCUCAAGUGGUGGCUAUGAGCGAUUGGGAGGCUGAGAGUCUGAGCGAGGAGCAAGUGCAAUAUGCAUGCCUUGACGCUUCCAUUUCCUUCUUGAUGGGUAAAGCUCUUGAGGCCUGGAACUGGAGGCGCUAG